AGGUUGCUUAAGGUUUAAUCAGUUUAUUAGGCUAGUUAAAGAAUUCCACACGCUGCCACGAGUCCAUACAAAGGAUACGCGUCUCAUAACUGACAAAAAAAAAAAAAUCACAAAUAAGGCCAAGUUUAAAGGUUCACGGCAUUUGGCACGGUCGAGUCAUGCUGAAGAAUAAAUAUGACAAUAGUCGUGUAAUGGGUUAACACGUGAAUGUGCUGCUUACAUAGACACAUGCCUGGAAUACCCUUAAACAUGGAGAUCUCGUGCGUGCGCGAGCGCCCGUCCCACCGGCGCGAGGGAUGAAAGGUGAAAUGCGGGGCAGGGACACAUCAAAGAAUGAAGAGAGAGAAAAUUUGGAGCCUUCCUGUCUCUUUAACUCGCCGACUUCCCAGCUUGUAUUUUCCACGUUAUGGCCGUCGUAAAAACAGUAAUUCGCGAUGCUGUGGGUGGUUCGUGUGUACCGGUAACCUUGCGCUGCUCCGUCACUUUUUAAGCUGACCUGGGUUUGAACCCACCACAAGACAACCAUUAUGUUUAUGAUAUUACUGCACACUCACCGCGAGGGCAUGAAAACACGCGCAACAUACGGCACGGUUCCGGGUUAAAGUCUAAUAUGAAAGCAGAUUUAUUUAUUCAAGAGCACAGUUUGAACAAUAAUACACCUGAAUUUCUUUUUUACACCUUCAUCUCAUCAACUUAUUUAGUUCUUAUUGUAAUAAAAAAUAGGCUUACACAAUUUACGCAAAGAUAACAAUUAUAAGCUAAUGCAACACUAUGCACAGUAAUGUUAUUUCCAAAAUGCGCACCUGAAUGCAUUUCCUUAUUAGCCUAAUCUAGCUGUACGUGUGUGCAGCCCGUGUAAGAGUGGGUUUAAGAAGCCCCCACGCCUUGAGAGGGAUAAAAAAGAGAGACAUUGAAGGGAUUUAAAAUGUAAAAGUAAAGCUUCACAGAUUUUAAGCUCCUCAAUGAAAUCCUCAACGGCAUUUCUGGUGGUGCAGAGUAAUCAGCGCAAGCGACGGGAAUAUUCGCAACAAUAGCGCCUCGGAUGCGUCCUUUUGUGUCGGGGAAUUAACACCUUUUCAAAGUGAAAUCUCAGGAUUGUCCGCCUGCUACAGGAGGUGGUAUUAAAAUGCGCCUAUAACAAAUGGCUCAGAGUUUGGAGCCGCUUGUGCCCCGUGGGCGGGGCGAGAUGACACCACAAUUAAAGAUGAACUUUGUGUGAACUAAUUUAUCUGAGGAAGGUAACAGGAGGAGACCUGCGCGCGAUGGAUAUAUAAGGACGCACGGGCGCACAGUCUCUCAGUUUACGCAUAAAGACGCAUCUCGUCUCCAAAAGGUCUCUUUGCUAUAGUUGCGAUUUUAGACAUGGGUCUGUUUACUCUCAUGGUGACUUUUCUCUGCACCAUCGUGCUGCCGGUUUUACUCUUUCUCGCCGCUGUUAAAUUAUGGGAGAUGUUCAUGAUUCGGCGUGUAGAUCCGAACUGUGCUAGUCCGUUGCCACCGGGCACAAUGGGUUUACCCUUCAUUGGAGAAACUCUCCAGCUCAUCCUCCAGAGAAGGAAAUUCCUAAGGAUGAAACGCCAGAAAUACGGAUGCAUCUACAAAACGCAUCUCUUCGGCAACCCGACUGUCAGGGUGAUGGGUGCAGAUAACGUGAGACAGAUUUUGCUGGGUGAACACAAACUGGUCUCGGUUCAGUGGCCAGCAUCUGUCAGAACUAUACUGGGCUCUGAUACACUAUCCAAUGUUCAUGGCACUCAGCACAAAAACAAGAAAAAGGCGAUCAUGAGAGCUUUUUCAAGAGAUGCUCUUCAGCACUACAUUCCUGUGAUCCAACAGGAGGUGAAGAGCGCUAUUCAAGACUGGUUGCAAAAAGAUGGAUGUGUGCUGGUUUAUCCGGAGAUGAAGCGCCUCAUGUUCCGGAUCGCCAUGAGAAUCCUGCUCGGCUUUGAGCCAGAACAAAUCAAGACGGACGAGGAGGAAUUAGUGGAAGCUUUCGAGGAAAUGAUCAAAAACUUGUUCUCCCUGCCUAUCGAUGUUCCUUUCAGUGGCCUGUACAGGGGUCUGAAAGCACGGAAUUUCAUUCAUUCCAAAAUCGAGGAGAACAUCAGGAAGAAAAUUCAGGAUGACGAUAACGAAAAUGAGCAGACGCACAAAGAUGCUCUUCAGCUGUUAAUUGAGAACAGCAGGAGAAGUGACGAGCCAUUUAGUUUACAGGCAAUGAAAGAGGCAGCAACUGAGCUUCUGUUUGGAGGUCAUGAGACCACGGCCAGUACUGCAACCUCGCUGGUCAUGUUCCUGGGACUGAAUCCAGAUGUGGUGCAGAAGGUCAGAGAGGAGCUUCAGGAGAAGGCCGAAAUGGGACUCUAUUCACCUGGAAAGAGCCUUAGCAUGGAGCUGUUGGAACAGCUGAAGUACACCGGAUGUGUGAUUAAAGAAACUCUCAGAAUCAAUCCACCGGUGCCUGGAGGUUUCAGAGUAGCACUCAAAACCUUUGAACUUAAUGGUUACCAGAUUCCAAAAGGUUGGAAUGUCAUUUACAGCAUUUGCGACACACACGACGUAGCCGAGGUUUUUCCGAACAAAGACGAGUUCCAGCCGGAGAGAUUCAUGAACAAAGGCUUGGAAGACGCUUCCAGGUUUAACUACAUCCCAUUCGGAGGUGGUUCCAGGAUGUGUGUGGGCAAAGAGUUUGCCAAAGUGUUACUCAAGAUCUUUUUAGUCGAGUUAACGCAGCAAUGCAACUGGAUUCUUUCCAACGGACCCCCGACUAUGAAAACUGGCCCGACGGUUUAUCCAGUGGACAAUCUGCCUACUAAGUUCAGUAGUUACGUUAGAAAUUAAUUCAGAAAUUACUCAGACUAUGAGUUUGUACAUAUAUAAAUAUACAUAUAUAUAUAUAUAUUUUAGAUGAGCUGUCAUGUAUUUGACACUUUAUAUUUUGUUUAUAUGAAAGAUGUGUAUAUAGGUUUAUUCAAGAAAACAAAGGCACUAUUUCGUGGAUCACUGUCAAAUUCUAUAACGUUUCUGUGAUGUAUAUUUGUAAUGUCUUAUAACUUUUUCUAUUGUA